AUGUCCUCACCCAGCCCCCAGCCCGACUCACUGCCCUCCCCGCCCGAAUUCACAUUCGCGAACGCGGACAUCCGUCUCAGAAUCGCAUACAAAGGCUCCGAAGCAUAUGCUCACGUCUCCUCUCAAGCCCUAGCUCUCGCCAGUCCCGUAUGGAAGAACUUCCUGUUCCCACCAUGGGGAAACCCCGUCUCUACCACCCCGUACAUCGACAAUCUAGCUUACGAUGGUUACGAUCGGGAAGCUCAAUACAUUGUCGCAAGAAUCAAAGAAGAGCUAAAGAAGUUCAAGAGCACGCUAGCAGUCCACCCUGUCCAGGAGCUUGAUUUCACGGAGGACAAUGCCGAGGCUUUGCUUGUGCUGCUUUGCGUUGCGCACAUGAAGUUCAGUUUCAUGCCUACGGGCCUCCCGAGCAGAGAGCUGUUGAUCCAGAUUGCUAUCCUUUGCAAGCAGUAUAUCUGCGCCGAGAUGAUGGCACCUUUUGUUCAGGGUUGGUUGAAUAGGGAAUUCUGUCCGGAUAAUCGUCUUUAUGGUCUAUUGGACAGACCGGAGGCGACACGCGCACCAGUGGAGGACUGUCUGUACUUGAUGUUCAUCGCGUUCGUCUUCAAGUUGCCAAAGUUCGAGAUUGCCGCCAGUUGGUUGUUCCACGAGUGCCAUCUUGGUCAGUUGGACAGCAUCCGAAAAAUUCCUCAAGGUUGGCCUGUUCCAGGUACAUUCAUCGACGAUAUCAUCGCAGCUCGCGAAAAGUUGAUCAAGGCUUUCUAUGCCAUCGCAGAUGACCUCCACGAGGCUCUCAAGCCUACCCAGCUGGAGAAGUGCCUCAAGCACGAUCAGACAUGCAAGAUUCUCUGGCUUCCGGACUUCAAGCGUCGAUUUUCGUACCACGGUCUUCCCUUUCCUUUGAGGGACAACUAUUCCCAGCUCACAGUCCGAGAUCUCUAUAGAUUGGACUUCACCAGCAUCGAGUUGAGGUCUUGCGUUCUUGACAUGGAUCGGAAGCUGUUCCAUGACGCGGCAAGCAAGGCAAAGAGUACCAAGGAGCUUGUUUGGAACGAGCUUUACGAGAAGAUCCGUCCUACAGCUCCGGGUGGCAGAACCAAGGUCGAGGGUGACGAUUACUCUGGCCGUAUUGAAGCUGUCACGGGUUUGUGGCUUGACAGGGGAUAGUGAAGGCGCACAGAGUGGGUGGAGUGACAAUCUUGAAGC